GUAGCGCUUUUCUUCAUAAAAAUUAAAAAUAUAGUUAAAUAGUUGUCAGUACAAUUUGAAAAUUUUAAAGUUUGUGGAGGAAUAAGCGUGAAAAAGAAUUCACAGUUAGCUCAAUCUAAAUAUGCUGCAAAUUCUUACAAAUGUACUUUCAAAAUUAUCUACAUCACCUGUCCUUUGUGCUGUUUCGUACGUAUCGACAUUGGCACUGUUAUUCAGAGUAUCACCGGACAAUGCAUAUAAUCAGAACGAUCAGCAAAUAAAGCAUAAUGAGACGAAUGAGUACGAUUUCAUAAUAGUUGGAGCAGGAUCUGCUGGCUGUGUGAUUGCAAAUCGUCUAACAGAAAACAGCAAAUGGACGGUACUGUUAUUAGAGGCCGGAAAAGAGGAACCCUUAAUUACGGAUGUGCCCAGUUUUCCAUUGAUUACAGAGAGGACAUUUUACGAUUGGAAUCAUCACACUCAACCAGAUAACACUACAUGUUUAUCACAAAACGGAUGUUCUUUCGAGCACGGAAAAGUAAUGGGAGGAUCUGGUGCUUUAAAUUUUAUGCUUUACGUUCGGGGUAAUCAGGAAGAUUACAAUAAUUGGGAAAGAAUGGGAAAUAUUGGAUGGAGCUACAAAGAUGUGUUACCCUAUUUUAAAAAAUCCGAAGACAAUAGAGAUCAUGAUAUUCUUAGAUCAAGUCCAGAAUACCAUGCAACUGGAGGUUAUCUACCAGUCGAACGAAUGCGACAUGUGGACAAUGCUACAAAAAUGUUAUCCAGUGCACUUCAAGAGCUAGGUUGUAAUUCAACGGAUGUAAAUGGAAAAAAUCAGCUGGGUUCCAUGAUCUUACAAACGACAACCAGAAAUGGAAUUCGUAUGAGCAGUAAUAGAGCAUUCAUCAGACCAAUUCGAAAAAUGAGAAAGAAUUUGUUCAUCAAAACACAAGCGUACGUGACGAAAAUUUUGAUUGACUCCAAAACGAAAAGAGCAUUUGGCGUAAAAUACAUGUCCCCAACCACAAAUACUUCAAAACGUGUCUUUGCUAGAAAGGAAGUAAUCAUUUCAGCCGGUACCAUUGAAUCACCAAAAUUACUAAUGCUCUCCGGAAUAGGUCCCAAGGACGAACUCGAAAAGUAUGGAAUCAAUGUUGUUGAGAAUUUAUCCGUAGGACAUAAUCUACAGGAACAUGUCUCAUGCACAAAUAUUAUUGCUACAUUAGAUGAAAAUCUGGCCUAUAAUCCUGAUUGUCGAACAAAACUAAACGAUCUAGUGGAGUAUUCUCAAAAUCAGAGUGGUCCACUUUCGUCAGUGGGUGUUUCCUCAGUGACAGCAUUCUUUCGACUUCAAAAUGAAGAAGAAGCAAAUAUUCAGUCAGCAAAUAUUCAGCCACGAAAUAUUCAGUCGCCAAACAUUCAAGUAUCAAACAAUCAGUCACCAAAUAUUCCCGAUGUACAAGUAGUUUUUAUGCCACUAAGUAUUAUUACAGCCUACUACAACGAAUUCACAAUAAUGCCUUACAUCCUACAACCACAGAGUAGAGGAUUCGUAAGAUUAAAUCACACCAAUCCAAUUUGGGGCCCACCCGAGAUAAUUCCUAGAUAUUUUUCACAAGAUACGGACAUUAAGAGAACAAUUAGCAGCUAUCGUAUGAUUAUUCGUCUCUUUAAUACAACUGCUUUUAGAAAUAAUAACAUUCGAAUGAAAAAAAUUACCGAUCCACCUUGCAAUCGUUUUAAAUUUAAUACCGAUGACUAUUGGAAUUGUUCUCUGAGAUACUACACAACUACGAAAUAUCAUCCAGUGGGAACGUGUAAAAUGGGUCCAAAGGAGGACAAAGAUGCUGUGGUUGAUUCAAGAUUGCGAGUUUAUGGAAUUAAUGGUCUGAGAGUUAUUGAUGCGUCAAUUAUGCCGUUAAUUACACGAGGAAAUACUAAUGCACCAACAAUUAUGAUCGCUGAGAAAGGAAGUGAUAUGAUUAAAGAAGAUUGGAAUGGUAUUUAAUAAAUCCAAAUUUCCUGUUUUGUGCCAAGACUUUAAGCAAAUGUCGAAGCAAUUUUGGAAAGCUUUCGAAGAUUUUCGAGAGCUGCAAUGAAAAAAUUGUUGCAUCUAUUUUGAGUUCUCAUUAACAAAGUAGUGUAAGCUAAAAUAAUUUAAAUACUGUCUCAAAAUAUGUAAAACCGAAUGUAAAAUUAUUUUUCGAAUUAUUAGUUUUUCGUCUAUUACAAAUAAUUGAAUGUACAUUAUUUUUAAUUCCAUUUCCAUUAUUAUCAUUAGAAGGAGCAAUACGACAAUUCUUUAUUAUUUAGAAACAGUU